AUGAAGCAGCACUUGAUAACAUGGGGAUACGAACCCAACUGGACUCAGGAGCGAAGGAACCAUCAACCACGACUGGUGGGUGGGAAGGAUAGAUGCUCUGGCCGGGUGGAAGUUCUACACAGAGACGAGUGGGGGACAGUUUGCGAUCAGUACUUUAGCUUGCUUGAUGCCGGCGUGGUCUGUGAACAACUACAUUGUGGUGCAGUGGCCGCAACUCCCGGAGUUACUCACUUUGGCAGAGGAUCCGGCCCUGUGUGGAAGGAGAACUACCACUGUCAGGGGAACGAGUCCCGAUUAAUUGAUUGUCCAGUCUUACCCAGGGAUCAGACGAGUUGUUCACACGGAAACGACGCCGGUCUCACCUGCUCAGAUGAAAUUUGGUCUCUGAGAUUGAUCAAUGGGGGCAGCCGCUGCGACGGCCGAGUGGAGGUUUACCGCAAUGGUAGAUGGGGGAGAGUGCAGGAUAGCGCCUGGAACAUCAAUGAUUCCAACGUGGUCUGCAGAGAGUUGGGCUGUGGCUCCGCCAUAUUCGCCUACAACUCCUCAAGGUACGGAGAGAGUGAGCUGCCCGUGUGGGUGAACAACGUUCACUGUGAAGGAAACGAGUCGCAGCUCCGAAAUUGCAGCAUAUUUACACUGAAUCAGGCAUCCAGCGACAGCAUCGGUGUUGGAGUCCUGUGCUCAGACCAUCUCCAAUUACGGCUGUCUGGGGGUGGAAGUACAUGUGCUGGACGAGUGGAGAUUUAUUACAAUGGAUCUUGGGGCACAGUUUGUGAUGACUCCUGGGAUCUAGACGACGCUAACGUGGUCUGUGGGCAGCUAGGUUGCGGAUAUGCUGUGGAAGAUAAAAUUCCGGGAUUCUGUGGACAAAGUAAAGGCCAAAUUUGGUUGGAUGAAGUAAGAUGCUCGGGUAACGAAUCAUACCUCUGGAACUGUUCCUCCGCACCGUGGGGUCGGCACGAUUGCAGUCAUAAGGAAGAUGUGACAGUGAAGUGUUCUGAACACAAAGAGAUGCGCCUGGUGAACGGAGGCCGGCGGUGUGAAGGGAGAGUGGAAGUGUGGUACAACGGGACAUGGGGAACAGUGUGCUCCGAGAAGCUUUAUAGAGUGGAGGCUGAAGUGAUCUGUAAACAAUUAGAAUGUGGACCCCUCGCAUAUAUUGAAUAUCGCGCCUGGAUAUAUGGACAAGGUUCUGGGCCCAUAUGGAUCGAUGAGAUGAAAUGUAGCUCGCACGAGUCAGCCCUUUGGCAGUGUCAGUUUGACCCGUGGGGGAAACACAACUGUGACCACAGGGAGGAUGCAGGCGUUUCAUGUAAAGAUGCUGAAAUGCCGGAGACAACCCGCGGGAAAGGCUGCGACGGAGGAAAUGAAUCUAAAUCUCGCCGUUUACCAGAUCUACAACUGCGGGUUGAUGGCGGCAGCAACAAUUGCUCCGGAAGGGUUGACAUAUUAUUCAAUAACCGCUGGGGAACGGUGUGUGAUGACUCCUGGGGUCUCGCCGAUGCCAAUGUCGUCUGCAGACAGUUGGGCUGUGGCUCUGCUCUUUGGACUCCAGGAGCGGCGACCAUUGCCCCGGCCUCAGGUGACAUCUGGCUGGAUGAAGUGAAAUGCACGGGAAGUGAAUCAUUCCUGUCCCGUUGUCUGGCUUCACCACUCGGUCAACAUGACUGUGAUCACAAGGAAGAUGUCUUUGUCACCUGUUCUGGAACCAAGAUAAUUCGAUUUGUAAGUGAGUGA